AUGAGGUCAAUGAUGGAAUCGAAUGCAGAAGUCGCUGAGGAAAUCUUCAGCUUUACAUCCGACUUAUUCGAUCAGUUCUACAUUGAGUCAAACUACAUUGACGGGAAAAAUCGAAUCAUGGAUAUGAUAGAGUGGCUCGAAGCGAGAAUAGCAGCAAAAGAAGCGAACGAGUUUCUUCUCAAGGGGCACCUUGAGCUCGCUCUAGUGUUUGUCAAGUCAUUAACAAAAACAGAGCUGCUGCAUAUAUCCGAUAGACUGCUGAAGAUUCUGAACGAAAUUAUCUUCCCCGUUAGCCCGUUGGAUCGCAAGACCAUGCGCGAAGCUCGCGCCUCGGGCUGUGACAAUGGCGCUAUUGAAAGCGUGGCUGGAGGUGGUGACACACCAAUGUCCCCCCGGAAACUUGGCUCGCCCCUUUGUGACACUCAAGCGUCCGUCCACGCGGCAAUGAAUCUACUCGUUGAAAUGACAAAGGGCAUUCCGGAAAGUUUCCAACAACUUGCCGCCCUCCUAAAGCGCAACUGGCAUUCGCAGGCAAAUCUCGAACGCUUCGAUGUCGUUCCAACGAGCCAGCGAAAAAGCAAAACUGGUUAUGUUGGGCUCAAAAAUGGCGGUGCCACUUGUUAUCUCAAUGCUGUUGUGCAGCAGUUAUUCAUGAUUCACCCGAUGAAGAAUGCUCUUUUAUCUGGCCAACUUUCUGAUCCAAAGUCGAGGCAAAAUAACUCUGCAGAUAAGCAAUACCGAUAUAAAAUCUUCAAUAUUUUCCAACGUCUAAUUGGGCACUUAUCAUCUUCUGAACAGACAUUUUUCGUGCCUCGGCAAUUCUGGGACCAUGUCAAGCUCUGUGGGCAGCACAUAAAUGUUCGGGAUCAACAGGACGCGAUGGAGUUUUAUUCCCAAAUCGUUGACACCCUCGAUGAAGCAAUGAAGGAUGAUGGCGAGCCAUCCGCGAUUCAAGAAUUUCUCGGCGGCACGUUUUCUGAUCAGAAAAUUUGCAAAGACUGCCCUCAUCGAUACUCGCGAGAAGAGGCAUUCACCUCAAUUUCAGUCGAUGUUCGCUCGCAACACAGCCUGCAGGAGUCGCUUAAUCAAUUUGUCAAGGGUGAUCUUCUCGACGGAGAGAACUCAUAUUACUGCGAAACUUGCGAUACGAAAGUCGCAGCGAUCAAGCGUCUCUGUAUCGCAAAACUGCCACCGUAUCUUUGCAUCCAACUCAAGCGCUUCGAUUACGACUGGGAGCGCGAGGAAUCGAUCAAAUUCAACGACUACUUUGAGUUUCCGCGCGUCCUCAACAUGGCUCCAUUCACAGAAGCGGGCAUUGACAAUUCCGAAACUGAAGUGAGUCAGAACAACUAUCGCCUCAAGGGCGUUGUUGUUCAUUCUGGCCAGGCAAGCGGCGGGCACUACUAUUCUUUUGUGCGAGAGACGGCCGAGCCAAACUCCAAGUGGCUGAAAUUCGACGAUUGCGAGGUCAGCGAGAUCGACCUGAGCGAUGAGCAGCUGGCAGGUGAGUGCUUUGGCGGAGAUCAAGGCGAAUUCUGGGACGGGAGGAGAAAUCAAUCCCGCCGAGGCCGCCGCUGGUGGAAUGCCUAUUUGCUCUUCUACGAAUCAAUCGAGGAAAGCUCUAUCCAGAAUCUCUCCCAAGGCCUUUCUGAUAUUUCCGUCAACUCGUCAACUUCUGAGAGUUUCUGCGUACCAGCUGUCGAUCGCCGCCAAAUGCCAGUAACAAUGCCAAGCCACAUCAAGCAGGAAGUAGAGCAGCAAAAUGCUGAAAUGCGGCACCAGCGAAUGAUGUUCUCGCAGGAAUUUAUCGAUUUCCACAUCAAUUUGGUCCACGCUAGCUACGAGAAAAUAAGAGAAGAGUGGCGAAGAAAUGGCGGAAACAAGGGCACAGGUAUCCGGCAAGAAACAAAGCAACUCGCAAAAUGGGCACUCGACCUUGGCAUGUCAUUCGUUGUCAACAUUGCCUCGAAGCUCCACCAGCAAUAUCGAAAAGUCAACUUCCUUCAAAACACUGAAGAUAUUUCCUGGCUCACGAUAAUCAAAGAACUAGUGGUAACGGACGAUUAUCUUGCUGACUCCGUUCUCAAGUAUUUCACGCCAGAAGUUCUCCGUCAAUAUUUGUUUGUCUGUCCAAAUGAGGAUAUCCGGCUGUUUGUCGCCAAGAUUUUGGCUGUUUGUUGUCAGAAAAAUUGCAAGCUCCGCGAGCGUUGUAUGCAAGACCUCGUGUCAAUUUCAAGCCCAGAUAACCGGAGCAAUGUACAUGUAUCCGAGCAGUAUUUCCUUAUUCUGGACCUGCUUCUUCGCUUCCCGCUGCAGGAGGGACUUGCUCCGCCUUUGUAUAUUUAUAUCGACCAUGGAUUGUUGUUCAAUUUGACCUCGCUAGCCCUCCAAUCGGAAAGAUAUCAAAGUUCUUAUCGGCAAUCAGCCGGGAUGGCGAAGCUCUAUUCGUUGGUAGCUACGCUCUCGAGACACUGCAACAUGUCUCGGUACACCAUGCCAGAUCAUCCUUCAAAUAGCCCAUAUGGCAAGAAUAUCAAGAUGCCCAAUUCGGAGGAAGUGAUGGAGAAGCCAUAUUUCGACCCCGAAGCAAUGAAGCUCUUUGAAGAUGACAAAGGUGCAAAUUGCACUACUAUCAUCAGACUUAUCCGAGACUCCGAAUUGAAGAAACAGACCGAUAUUGCGUUCGAAUUCACAAAAUUUAUUCUCUUCAACAACAGAAAGAUGUCAAAGCUGAUCGCAGACGAUAUCGUCUGGAAUUUCGUGUUUGGAAACACGCCCGAUAUUCCGACUUUCUGGACGCAUUUACUCGCGUGCUACUGUGUCUUAGAUGAUGCGUUGCAGCACGCUAGGAUAAUGUUUAUUCUCCGGAAUGCGCAUGAGAAUGGCCUUCUUGGUAUUAUCGAAAAGACGGUGCGGGGUUUAUCGAACUCCAACACAGGCACUCGCGCGUACCAAGCACUGAAGCUCAUUAUCAAACUCAUGGCUUCGGAAGACGCAGUGCGUCGCGCCAUUUACAACAACGAGGAAAUCUUGCGCUCUCUAAAAGAAGGUCUCAAGUGGCUAAAGAUGAGUUUAGCCGAAGCACCAAGUGGUCAUUCUCAUGACCAUACACAAGGCUAUGAGCUGAUGAGAACGGCAUCAGCCGAGCGUAUUUGCGACAUGGGCCACGAUCUACUCGACACUGCUGCUACUAGCGAGCCUGAUACAGUUUCUUCAACAACUUCGGGAACCUCUGAAUCCUCUUCACGAUAUGAACCAGCGUCCCAGUGA